GCCGCCGCCGCCGCCGCCGUGGCCGUACUCCGGCACCGCCCCCUGCCCCCGUCGUCGUCGUCCAUGGUAACUCACGGCCACCUUCCCUUCCCCGCCGCUUCCUCCCACGCACGCGCGAGCGCGAGCUACAGGCGAUGAGCUCUCCUACGUUGGUGGCAGCGUAGCUUUCAUCCUCUCGCCAUGUAGCUGCUGCCUUCAUGGCGCUGAAGGUCCAGUCUCGCAUGUGGUUUGCGAGGCCGCACCUGCUGUGGGGCAGGAUGGUGUGCUCCUCUUGCUCAGACGUGCCCGCUUCUCGUGUUUCCGGCGGCGGCGCUAGAGGGGGUGGUUCUGCCGAGUUCGAUUCCGCGAUCCGAUCGCUCAGGAGCAAUCCCCAGCCGGAGAGGCUAGCCCAUAUCCUUGAUUCUGCUUCAGAUUUCAACCUGGCCCUUAGGAUCUUCAGAUGGGCUUCAUAUCAGAGAAUGCCCAUUCACACGGUUGACACAUACGCCUCUAUGAUUGCCAAGCUCGGUGAUGCUGGGAACCUUGAUGAGAGAGGCGGCUUCCUGAAGGAGAUGGUCAGAUUGGAUGUACCUGGAUUGGAGAAAGUCAUGAACGAUUUACUUAAGUUGUUGAGUGGUAAAAGCCGCUUUGAUGAAGCAUUGCUGGUUAUCCAGCAUGCUAGCUCUGGUAAUAUCAGGCUGUCUGUCUCGUCUUGCAACGCGGUGCUGUGUGGUUUGGUUAAGGAAGGGAGGGGCUUGCGAUCGUUCAUGCGUGGUUACAUGGAGGUUGUGAAGGCUGGAGUCCUUCCUGAUGUGGAAACUUUGAAUUGGUUGAUUGAGGUCUUGUGUGAAGCUGGUCAUUUAGACCUGGCACUGGCUCAGUUUGAUAGGAUGGCCAAGAAGAGGUGUACUCCUAAUAUUCAUACAUUCAAGAUACUCAUAACAGCACUUUGCUCCCAUGGCAGAGCUGAUGAAUCGUUGAACCUAUUUGAUAAGAUGCUGCAGCUGAGAUGCAUCCCUGAUAGCUCGUUUUAUGUUCAAGUUCUGCCCUUGUUCUGUAAGCUAAAUAAGUUGAGGGAGGUCAGAAAACUGCAUCAAAUGAUGAAAGAAGAUAAACUACAGUUAGAUUUGUAUUUGUAUAGCACCUUGAUCAGAUGCUUCUGUGAGAAUCAACUAUUGGAUGAUGCAGUCACAACAGUUAACGAGAUGGUAGCAUCAGGCCAUGCUCCAAUUACAAGUACAUUUGUGGAAAUUGUCGAUUGCUACUGUACACUGGGCCAGUUCCACGAAGCCAUGAACUUUCUUGAGGAAAAUGAUGUUGCUGAGAUAGAAGCAUAUAAUGAACUGCUGAGAUCAUUGUGUAAAAAAGGAAGACUUAAGGAUUCAGCUAGCUAUCUUAAAGAAUUACACAGCAGAGGAUUGGUUAAUCAUCACUCAUGGAAUAUAGUUAUCACUCAGUUCUGCAAUGAAGGGAACAUCAGACGAGCUUCUGAGCUCAUCUGUAAAAUGAUAGUUUCCUCUUUUACAGCUGAUGAGAGCACAUACUCUUCUGUAGUAUCUUGUUACUGCAAAUUAGGAUUGCAGAAGAAUGCUUUAGAUAUGUUCAGAAGGUUGGAUGUUAGCAAGUUAUCCUUGAACUCAGAAACUUUAUCACAUCUGGUAGAGUGCUUGUGCCACAUGAACAAGGUCCCAGAAGCAGCUGAGGUUUUUAAAUAUCACUGUACAAGAGGCUGCAGUCUUUCCAGUGAGUCACUUGAGGUGUUAAUUCAAGAGAGUUGUAUGGAUGGAAUGAUUCGUGAGGCAAUCAAAAUGCGUUCAUUAGCUGUUUUCUCUGGUACUUCUUGUACAUUUACGACUUAUAACACAAUUUUCCGAGCACUACUCCAUUUGAAGAAGAAGGACGUGUUACUUCUCUUUGGACAGAUGCUAAUGGAAGGUUAUCUAAUGAAUGAGUAUACAUACAGUUGUAUUUUGCAUUGUUUCCUCACCAAGGAAACUAUUUUUGAGGCUGCUAUCUUGUUUAACAAAAUGGUGAAGGAUGGUUUUAUUCCUGACCAAGAGACAUUUGAGCAGCUAGUUCCUGAUAUGGCAUUGUCUUCUUUACUUAAUAUGGUUUCAGAAAGUUUAUUAGUGGUGGCAAAUAUAGAUGGAAUGAUGAGCCCCAGAAUAUCUAACAUUAUUAUUUAUGGCCUUAUUAAAGAAGGCUUCAAGAGUGAGGCAUGUAGGUUUCUUGAUCAAAUGAUAGAGAAGGGGUGGGUACCUGAUUCAAAGACACAUAGUAUCUUGCUCGGCAACAUUGGUCAAGCAGACCAUACUGAGGUUGAUGAAGUCAACCACACAGUGGAUGACGAUAAUGUAAGCAACAUACUGUUGGAGGGUCUAGAUUAAGAGUCAUGAGACCAGCUUGUAUUAGUGUACAAUCACAUGCAUAUCAUUGUGCAGCUGACAUUUUAGCUCUAUAUUUGUGCACUAUUCGAGGGACAACAUUUUCAGGUGGUUUUCUCAGGAAAUUCCAUCAAAAAAGAAUAGCAGGCAUGUAAUUUGAUUUUUAUGUGUAUUGCCAUAGAGUUGAAUGGCAUGUACUAUCAACCAACCUCAUAAUAUGUGUUAUGAGGGUCGUAGAAACUACAAAGAUCUCCAGCUGAUGAGAUGUUACCUUGUGGCGGGUUCAAAAUAAGGAGGUUAAGCAAGAGAAAACAGAAGAUUCAGAAGAAAGAACAGAGCAUGAGUAUACAAAUUGAAGAGCACCACCAUUAUUUGCUUAUUCUGAAAGUCUUAAGUGCGCCCGUUUUUACCUUUUCGGCUCUCUAGUUGCCAGAGUCCUGACGGAUUGCAAGGCCAUAAACGCCUUCUGCGUGAUGCUCAUGGAAGCUAUUGUCAGAACAGUAUCCAUCAAACUGUAAUGCUUUUUGUGGAGGCUGAAAAUUUUGUGCUUGCAUGCCCUCCCAAGGUCUUUAUCAGGGAGGUUUUCACGUCCAACUGUACUAUACAAGUGUGCAUCAAGUUUCGACUAAUAAUUUUGGUUGUAAGCCACGGGAUGCCUUGAAAUUCUUGCCAUGUUCUGAACUGGAUCAUUAUCAUAUUUAUGUGUAGUGUAUGUCUAUACAGA